UUCUCAACUGCCAAUUCACCAAUUCUCUGCUUCUUCUUGUUGUUCAUUUCUGGCUUAUCUCUUUCGUCUCUUUUCGUGAUUAAUAAUUCUGUUUGAUUCUUUAGCCCCCACCAUUUAUUUUCAAGAUAUCAAUUCCCUUUAAUUUCCCAUUAAUUUUUUUCUUGGAUAAUGAAGGAGAAAAUGGAAAACCCUCUCCAUCUCAAGUCAUUGAAUCACAUCUCUCUUUUGUGCACAUCAGUUGAGGAAUCCAUUGAUUUCUAUCAGAACGUUCUUGGUUUUGUGCCAAUUAGGAGGCCAGGAUCUUUUGACUUUGAUGGAGCUUGGCUCUUUGGCUAUGAAAUUGGAAUUCAUCUAUUGCAAUCAGAAGAUCCAAAGAACAUGCCAAAGAAAAGUACUAUUAAUCCCAAAGACAACCAUAUCUCUUUCCAGUGUGAGAGGAUGGGAGCAGUGGAGAAGAAAUUGAAGGACAUGGAAAUCAAGUACGUGCGAGCCAAGUUGGAGGAAGGUGGAAUUCAAGUGGAUCAACUGUUCUUUCACGAUCCAGAUGGGUUCAUGAUAGAGAUAUGCAAUUGUGAUAGUCUCCCUGUGAUCCCUCUAGCUGGAGAGAUGGCAAGAUCGUGCUCUCUUGUGAAUCUGCCAAUGAUACAGCAUAACAAGCAGCAGAUCCAGCAGCAGCUGGUCCAACAGUAGAAAGUUGUAGAGGCUAGAAAUAGUGUAGCAUUUGGUGUUUGUGGGGCAAUGGGGGGAGUCUUUAUUAUGUAUUCUGUAAUGUGAUGUGUCCCUUUUGUUCUUUUUCUUUACUUAAUCAUCGGGUCUUUUGGUAAAAAUAAGACAAAUGCAAGUGUGAUGAACUUCAACGGA